AUGUCUUCAGAAACUAGUGAUGAAUUAAUUCAAACAGUCGGUGACCAGUAUGCAUUCCUUAAUUUUAAUACAUUCAUGUUCAGAGGUGAAUUAGAAUUAUGGAAGACUAAAUGGACCACACAAAAGAAUGAAGGAUUAAAUAUUCCAAAUGAAGUGUUUUCUGCUUUUGAUGAAUGUUCUAACAUAUUUUUCCCAAGUAUAAAAAAACUAUUAUUGGUCUUAGGUACACUUCCUGUCAGCGUUGCUACUGCAGAGCGUAGUUUUUCCACUCUUAGAAGGUUGAAAACUUGGAUAAGAAGUGAAAUGGGCCAAAGUAGAUUAACGGGUUUGGCGCUUUUGCAUAUACACAGGCAGCUUCCGUUAAACGUAGACAAGAUAAUAGACCGCUUUGCUAAGAAUAAAAGAUGUUUAGAUUUUGUUAUAUAA